UCCUUUUCGGUACUCAGCGAACCCAGCAGCUGUUCGCCAACAACGGCGACUGGACGUUGUUCAUGGAGAGCAGAGCAGAACGCUAUUUUUGACGCUGAGAGACUACGGCAGCACCAUCUGGCUGGCAAAGUCGAGAAAAUUAAGGUCAAUGUGAAGCCCUGUCCUGCGGAAGACGAACAUGCUCUGAUACUAAAUAAAGGAAUUUCUACGCCCUACGACUGUGCGAAGCAUAUUAAUGAACAGUUCAUGAUCAGCGCAGCUUUGGCUUUGGUGGAUGGCAAGCUGUGGGACAUGCAUCGUCCACUGGUUUCUGACUGUUCAUUGAAGUUUCUGUAUUUUACCGACGAAAAUCCGUACUUCGUUAAUCGAGCGUACUGGCGAACAUGCAGCCUGGUGCUUGGAUACAUCUUGGAGACGUCGUUCGAAGAAAAUGUUCAGGUCACGCUACACAGCUGGCCCGGAACGAAUUAUCGAACCGGCAGCUUCGUGUAUGAUGUAAGAAUCGACUGUGACGGAUUUCAACUGUCUGAUCAAGACUUGCGUAUUCUGAGUUUGAUGCCCCUGCAGCAACUCCGAAGCCAACGGCUGAUGUUCGAACGGCUUGAGGUCAGCUUGGACGUCGCUAAACAAUUAUUCAAACAUAACGAGUUCAAAUUUCAACAGCUUCCGUCCAUUGAGCGGAGUUCGUUGACAGAGGACGGUCGAAUUCCGUUGUACCGGUUCGGAGACCACAUUGACGUCAGUCGCGGGCCAAUGGUGUCGCAUACUCAACAACUCGGAUACUACGAGAUCUGUUCGGUAUCGAUUUUACAUCGGGCAAGUGACGCAGGGGUGACAUUUACUCCUCUACAGUAUUCCGCCGAAGAUACGGACGAUUUUGGCCAGCUUUAUCGGUUUCAGGGCGUUUCAGUGCCGUACACGCAACGUAUAAACUCGUGGACAUGGGAAGUAUUGAAACGUUUUUCGAAAAGGAAGAACUCGAUGCCUCUGCCGUCGCUGCAGCGAUACGCGACGAACGCCUCAUCAGACGCCGCUGGCAAAAAUGUAUCCGCUGCUGUUUCAUCGCUCCCGAAUAACUAUUGA